AUUAGGGAGUCUAGUCCCUUAAUACAAAUGCGGUAUAGUACAGAUUACUCGAUUCUAAGAAAAUUAAAUUUCUAAAAUAUCGGUAACGACGAGUGCGACACACAAAUGAUAAUGAGCUCUUACCAUUGUACAUAUCGCGUUUGUGAUAAUACUUCCUCAUCAAGAGCUUUUUCAUUUUUGCCGGUACAAAUUGGAACUGAAAAAGUGCUCUAAACGGCAGACAAAUCAUUUAUCACAAUUUCAGGAUCUGACGUUAUAUCUUUCGGUAAUAUUUGUGUUUUCUGCUCAAAUUAUUUAAAAAAAAUAUAACGAUGCUAAGAAACAUAACCUAACUCCAUUGUUUGAAAACAAUUGUUAAUUUGAGCUCUGAUGUUUCGUACAUCAAAGUUUAAUCAUUAGUGUCAAAGAUGUAUGGAAUAUGUCAUCCUAGUUAUUAUCAUAUUGGAAAAUUAGGAUGCACAGAUCCUGUAAAGAUAGGUACAAUGUUCUAUGUUUAUAUUGAACUGUGCGAAGCACGACGAUAUUGGGAAGUUAAUUAUAAGUACAAGGAGAGCCUGGAUCUACUCUAUUUAGAAGUUAAAAGAAAGAAGAACUGUGAAACAGAAUUCUACGUACCAUGGUCAACAUUAUACAACAUAUCAUUGAAUAAAAUAGAAGAAAUACAAGAAGGGUUAAGCAGCGACAAGAUCACAUUUGUUUUUAAAUCCGAGGAUGGUACUAGCGUUUUCUACAAGGUGACCAAAGGCCUAGUUAAACCUAUGUCCCCGGAAGAUAGUAAAUUAAUGAAGGAGAAAGAAGAGAAAAAAUUAGAAUUGGAAAAGCAAAUUAGAAAAAAUACUUCAAACUUGUAUGAAUUAGCAAAAUCUUUAAAUUCGGAUAGUAGUAAUAAAGAAACGGAGGCUGAUGUAAAUGAGGCCGAUGUAAAUAAAGCAGAUGAGAAAAGAUAAAUUUUCAGUAGAAUUUGAAUAAUGCCUGCAAGUACCACAUUAUUCUUCGAAAGUCUGAAUUAACAUUUUCAAGCCAUUGCAUCGAGAGCGUUGAUAGUUACAUAUAUUACUUUUUGAAAAAAAGGUAUUAAAAUUGUAUGCUUAACAUAGAACUCGACAGGACUUCACAUUUGUAAAUACUUUUAAAUUUUUGUAAGGAAUAAAGGAGAUCGAACGCUGAAUGAAUUAUACAUUGCUUUUGGGUAUUUAUUAUUGAAAUAAGUAUUGCUUAUAUAUUCGUAGUAUUGUAAAGUUGGGAAGUACUGUUGAAAGUUACUUAACUAAAUAGAGUGAUAUGUAUUAAGCUGCCACUGCAAAUGUAUAUGUUAAAUAAAUUAUUUCAUAAGGAUAACCUGUGGGUAUCCUUUUAUCUAGGCAUACUAACUGUUCAUGUGAUUUUAAUAAACGCUACGAGGCA